UUCCAUCUAUAAAUAUCUACCUAUAUUUCUUGGCGUUCCAUAUAACAAUAACUGCAGCUUAUCUUCUACCAUUAAAAUUUUCCAAGGAAAUGUCAGAACCAGGAGGAUACGAACCCGUGGAUCCCAACAGCCCUAAGAUCCAAAGCCUCGCUCACUUCGUUGUCUAUGAUUACAACGGUGAAAAGAGAACGCAUCUGGCGCUUCUGAAAGUCCUGAAAGCAGAAAAGCAGGUGGUGGAUGGGACCAUCUACCGUCUUACUUUGGAAGUAAGUAAUGGCGGUCUUAUCGAAGUUUAUGAAACUAUUUUCUAUGUGAAGGUCGAGGAAUUCAAGCGAAUUGUGCCCCAUUGAGGCUCUACUGCUUAGCUGGGUAACUACUAUUAAAAAAGUAUAGAAUAAUAUCGACAAUCAUCUCAAAAAUAAGAAGUAUAGAAUAAUGUCGACAGUAUUUCCCUUUGAUGGAAGGGAAAAUAGUAUUUUCUUCUAAAUUUGAAUUCCAACUAUGUAAUUGGAAUUUUCUAUAAAUAAUUACAUCUAUCUUAUCUGUGA